AUGGAAAGGCAAGAAGAGUCUGCCCAAAUUGAAAAUUUUGAUUUGAACCGCUCCAAAAAUCUCAUAAAGAUGCUAGAUUUUGGAGAUAUCCCGAAUCUUGAGCGGCUAAAUCUGGAAGGAUGUAGUAAACUUGUGCAGUUGGAUCCAUCUAUUGGGCUUCUAAGAAAGCUUGUUGACUUGAAUUUAAAAUAUUGCAAAAGUUUAGUAAGCAUACCCAGCAACAUAUUUGGUCUCAGCUCUCUUAAAGAUCUAAAUAUGUAUGGGUGCUGUUUCGAAGAGUUUAACAAUACAAAGCAUUUGGAUAUAAGUGAAACUGCUUCACAUUCCCAAUCAACAUCCUCCAUCUGCAAAUGGGCCAUAAACCCUUCCUUGCUUCACACUCCCACAACAAAUACAAUUAUGUUUCCUUCCUUGCUUAGCAUAUGUUGUUUAUGUAAAGUUGAUAUUAGCUAUUGUGGUUUAAGCCAAGUCCCUGAGGCUAUUGGAGGCUUACAUUGGUUAGAAAUGUUAAUACUUGGGGGGAACAAUUUUGUGACACUGCCUAGCCUUAGGGAGCUUUCCAAACUUGUAUAUUUGAACUUGGAGAAUUGCAAGUGUUUGGAAUCUUUGCCUGAGCUUCCUUUCCCUACUACUACCGAGCAGGAUCUUCAAAAGUACAAAUAUAGGAGGAGGAGAGCAGGAUUGUUUAUUUUCAACUGUCCUAAAAUAAGUGAUAAGGAAAGAUGCAGUAGAAUGACAUUUUUAUGGAUGAAACAAUUCAUUCAAGUGAACAAAGAAUACCACCCUGUCUUCUUUGACAUUGGUAUUAUCUUUCCAGGAAGUGAAAUACCAAGUUGGAUCAACAAUCAGAACGUUGGUAGUUCAAUUCCCGUAUCUCCUUUUAUGCAGGACAAGGGCAAUAAUGUCGUCGGCUUUUUAUGUUGUACAGUAUUUUCCUUAGCACCUCAUUAUCCAAAAAUGACAAGAUUUUCUGAAUGGAAACCUUCGGUACAUAUGAAACUGUGUGCACCGGUAGAAACCACUACAUAUCUUCCAGUAAUUGCCAAUGAAGAUGUUAUUAGUGUCAAAUCAAUUCACAUAUGGCUAAUCUAUUUCCCCUGGGAGCCGUCCCAUGAUGAUGUGUAUGAUCAUUUCUGUGUUGAAAUUGAUAGAAAUGGAAGCUUGGAUGUGGAGGUGAAGAAAUGCGGGUAUCGUUGGGUAUAUGAAAAAGAUCUUCAAGAGUUCAACUCAACAACAAUGUUAGCUCUGAAGCGGAAGUUUUUGGCAAUUGAAGAUGCAGCACAACCACAGUCACAGCUACACUCAUUCAGAUGA